GCUAGUCGGGAGGAUUUGGUGUCUUACCACAGAGUCCAAAGCACUAGACUUCUGACAGGGUUUCAGUCCUCUGUAUCUGAUCCUUAGAGCUGGACUACAUCUGGUCGGAGUCAAAGGCUGCCUCUGCCCUGAUGCUGUUCAGGGAGGAUCACAGUUUUUUGGGUAAUUCUUUGAAACUGUGACCUCAGUGCUCGCAUAUAGUAAAAGGGACAAAAAAGAGAAUAGGAAGAACAUAGGACAAAGCACAUGAUGCUGUUUUAAGCUUGAGGCGCAUCUGCUUCUUGAGUACUGUAAGAGAUUGCGAGAGGGUCAGGUACUUCCCUCCACACCAUCCCACGGAGGGAGGGAGAGCUGGAGGAGGAUCCAGGAAAGGGCAGCCAGCAUGAGCAGAGGAGUGGAGUAAUAGCCACAUGAGGAACGACUGAAUGGAUGAGGACUCUUCACCUUGGAAGAGGGAUGACUGAGGGGAGAGAAAAGACAAGCCUGUAAAAGCGUGACUGGCUUGGAGAAGAUGAAUGAGAAGCAAGACAGUUCACUAAAGGGAAUGAUAGUUAAAUUGCAAAAGUCAUUGCCACAGGAUAUGCUGGAUGCUGAAAGAUUACAUGAGUUUAGCAAGCAAAUUAAAGAAAAUCCUGUUGAGGGCCAUUAGAUGUAGGAACCACCACUCUGGCUUGGAAGUCCUUGGAGAUACUUUCCUACGCCUGCUCUUCCCUAGACAUCUGCUGCUGAACGUUGUCAGACCUUUGGUCUGUCUCAGUGCAGCUUUGUACAUGCCGCUUUUUUUCCAUAGGAAAUGGUUUCUGUUGGCACAGAAAAAUACAAAUACCGGAAGUUUAAAUAGUCUCAGAAAGCCAUAAGCCUUUUAAAUACAGGUCUUCAGCUCAGUAAGCCAUGUAUUCUGGGAGAGCCUGUGAGAGGAACAUCUCUUACUGUGAGCUUGCUUUAUCUGUCUUCCCAUUGACCACUAUUAGACAUAAGGUGCAGAAGCAGAUGAAUCUUCGGAUUGGCCAGUACGGUUGUCCUUUCUGGGUUCUACUUUAAGAUACUUCCUUCAGCCCUUUUCAGGGCUUAGCAGUCCCUAUCCCCUCUCCAUACUCCUUGUUAGGAUAUGUAUUCUGGCUCCAAUAGAGCAAUAGAGGAGAUGGCAAAGAAAAUCCUUUUUUUCUUGUUCAGAAAGUAAAGCCAUCAUCAACUCUGUUCUUCGCACACUCUUUUCAACAGGGCACCAAAGUACCUUGGUUAUCUGCCAUCAUGGUGCUUCUAUCUCCAGUACUCUUUUCUGCUACCUGGAGAUUGUUCUUAUAUUUCUGGGCAGGUUUAGUUUUUGGUCACAGGCUUUGAGAAAUAGAUUAGGCAGAGGUGCAUUUGAACCCAGCUUGCUGUGUGGGAUUAGUUUACUGUAUAAACGUGCCCGCUGCUGUGGCAUGGUUGGAUGCUUUUCAUUAUUUCAUUUCCCUCAGAGAAUGAAAAUGACCUUCCCGCUUUCAGUCAUUGGUUGUGAAUAGUGCAGUGCUGCAGGCUUGAAAUAACACUUUCUGCUCAGAAAUGUGUUUGAAUUUAAGGCCUUAUGAUUUAAACUUGAAGAUAUGAUGAUAGUUUGUUAAUAAUGAAUUUUAGAAAAUCUAUUUAAAAGCAUAAAUUUGGACAAUAGUCUGGCUUUGUCCUCUUGAACAAAACAACCUCAAAUUACUGUAAUCGGUCUUAACAAACUGAUCUUUUCUCUAUGCUUUAAAUGAAAUGUUAAUUAUAUUUAAGACUGAGCAAUCAACUAGCAGCCCAAUAUGUCUGUUUCACACUCUGCACGAAUGUCGGUUCGUUUUGGAGACACUGGUGUUUAUUUAUAUCUGCAAAGUUUGAACUGUCUUAAGACCGGUAGGCAUUGUAGAUAACUUCUGUGCCACCCUUGUUUGUUCAAAAGCUACAGCUGUUUGUUUUACAGGAAAUUUGAAGCGUUUUCCCCUGUUGUUCAUGGCUAUUACACAUAAAAUGUUCUACAAACAUUUAUUUGCCUAUUGAAUGCUAAGCAUCCUCACUUUGUCAUUUGAAAGUUGUGGGUCUUUAGCUGGUAGGUGUCACAGAUCAUAUAAUAAUUUUUUCAUUUGAGAAAUCUUGGUUGCUAAUACGAACUGUGCAUACUAUGCCCAUUUUCUAUAACAAUUAGUUGCGUUAGGUGUCACAGUAGUGGUGUGUUGUCAGUACUCGAAAAUGGCUACUGUCUGAUUCUUCCACUCAUCUGUGUCUUUCUCAGUUCUGUGCCAAUGACCCCGAGGUGUUUGUCCAAGCAGCAAUGUUGGCUCAGGAUUAUUGUGAUGCCAUAGACCUGAAUUUGGGUUGCCCCCAGAUGAUUGCAAAGAGAGGUCAUUAUGGAGCAUUUCUGCAGGAGGAAUGGGAUCUUCUUCAGAGAAUGAUUUUGCUGGCUAACGAGAAGCUCUCUGUUCCCAUCACAUGCAAAAUCCGUGUUUUCCCAGAAAUUGACAAGACAGUGAAGUAUGCACAGAUGCUGGAGAAAGCUGGCUGCCAGCUGUUGACUGUCCAUGGCCGUACUAAAGAACAGAAGGGACCACUUGCUGGUGUGGCAUCUUGGGAGCACAUUCAAGCUGUCCGAAAAGCUGUGAGCAUUCCUGUGUUUGCAAAUGGAAACAUCCAGUGUCUCAGUGAUGUGGAAGAAUGUAUCCGUAAGACAGGAGUACAUGGUGUCAUGAGUGCAGAAGGCAAUCUUCAUAACCCAGCUUUGUUUGAGGGCCGAAACCCGUUGGUGUGGGAGAUGGCUGAGGAGUAUCUGGAGAUAGUGCAGAAGUACCCUUGUCCGUUAUCUUAUGUCAGGGCUCAUCUAUUCAAGCUCUGGCAUCACACGCUUCAAGUUUACCAGCAGCUGCGUGAAGAAUUAGCAAAAGUGAAGACUCUACAGGGCAUUGCAGAUGUCAACAGGGAGCUGAAACUACGAUGUCAGGAGGAAAUAGCUAAUCAGAAAGAAGGAGAAAAGCCAAAAGAAGGAUUGCCUUUCUUCCACUGGAUCUGUCAGCCAUACAUCAGGCCAGGGCCAAAAGAAAGAUGCAAAGAGAAUGGAAUCAGUGGGACUGCAAAAGGUGUGCGAGGGAAGCGUGCCCUGGAAGAUGAGGAAGAUGGAAAUUCUGAGCUGCUUUCAAAGAAUAAGCAGAAAAAGAAAUUAAGAAAUCCAAAUAAAAGCUUUGAUCCAUCUUUAAAACCCAAGUAUGCAAAAUGUGAUCAAUGUGGAAACCCUAAGGGCAAUAAAUGUGUGUUUAACAUGUGUCGAGGCUGCUGUAAGAAAAGAGCAUUCAAAGAGACAGCAGACUGUCCAGGUCAUGGCCUACUUUUUAAGACAAAGUAUGAAAAGUCCCUUUUGUGGCAAAGUAGUCAAAGAGAGAUUCAAAAGCCAGAGAUCAGCUGGAGAGGCAAUGUGGAUGUAGAGGAACCUACACUUGCUGAAGGAGGCUGUUGACAGUGCAGCGUGAAGCUCUGGAAAUGAAUUGUACAAGAUCUCCUGCUAGGCCUCUGCAUCCCUGGGCCAAAGAACCUGCCAUCUCCAGCACACCAUCAGCUGUGUGAACUUGUUCCACAGGUUUAUUCUAAGUUCUGGAGAAGUUUUAUUUAAGUAAAAAGCUGCUUACUCAGGGAAUUAUCCUGCAUUUGAAAUAAAAAAAGGAUGCAAUUAAA